AUGCUGCUGCUCCCUUCCUGCUGCUUCAGGACUCGCAUUGCUACGGGGCAGGGAGCAGGAAGAGAACGGGGCCGGCCGGAGCGGCCCUUCCUGGCGGAAUUCCCCGCCGGAGCGCUCGGCAUACGUUGCUACAAGAUCACCACGGUGUUCAGCCACGCGCAGACCGUGGUGCUGUGCGUGGGCUGCUCCACGGUGCUGUGCCAGCCCACGGGGGGCAAGGCGAGGCUCACAGAAGGAUGCUCCUUCAGGCGGAAGCAGCAUUAAAAUAAAGGCAUCCGAGAUGGUUGGGACUAUGUGCACAGAUGGCUGCGCAGAGGAGGAGCCAUGGCAUUUGAU